AUGGCUCAAACACCGCAGCAAAGGAGGGCAAACCUCAAGUUCGCGAAGGGCAACGAGGCACGCAUGGGCAAGUCAGAGGACCAAAUCAAGAAGCGGGUCAAGGAUACGCCCAAGUCGCCCAUCUCGCCCAUCUGGCUGGUGCUCCUCGGCUUCGUCGUUUUUGGCGGCCUCAUCUUCGAAGUCAUCUCGCGCAUCUUCCUCCGAUGA